UCAAGAGAGAGAGAGAGAGAGAGAAAGAGGGUUUAUUAUCUUGAGGUGAGGUGAGGUGAAGUGAUUUAGUUUAUUAAUUAGUGUUAUUAGUAUGGUUAAAAGGCUAUUUGGAUCUUUUGUAUCAGCGAUUGCUUAUUGUUUCCAAGACCCUAAAUACACUACUCAUCAUCACAACCACCAGUACCACCACCACCACCACCCCCACCACCACCGCCGCCACACCAUCUCCAAGAAGUCGCGUCGACCACUUUCUUUGCAGACUGUGGAGCUCAAAGUACGGAUGUGCUGCACCGGCUGUGAGCGCGUAGUCAGAGAUGCGAUUCACAAACUCAAGGGGAUCGACUCAAUCGCCGUGGAGUUGGAGAUGGAGAAGGUGACGGUGAUAGGAUACGUGGAGCGAAGCAAGGUGCUGAAAGCUGUGAGGCGGGCUGGGAAGAGGGCGGAAUUUUGGCCAUACCCAAACCCACCUCUCUACUUCACAUCAUCGGGACAUUACUUCAAGGACACGACGAGCGAAUACAAGAAGAGCUACAACUACUGGCGCCACGGCUACAACGAGGCUGACCGGCACGGCGCCCUCCACGUCACACAACGGGGGGAUGACAGGAUCAGCAACUUUUUCAAUGAUGAUAAUGUCAAUGCUUGUCGUCUCAUGUGAUGAUGAUCCCUCGUACUUAAUUAAUUAUUGCCUAAGGUAUUUUGUUUGUAAGUAAGUUAAUUAUGAGUUUGUGUUCAUGCUUUGUAUGUAAAUCCAUACAUAUAUAUAUAUAUAUAUAUUAACACCAGGAG